UCUUGUCAUCGCAAAUGAUAAAUGAAAUAAGACACCGCUUCCUGGUCCAGUCAAUUGGAGGCUUCGAGAAUCAGUAAGGAGUUAAAUCAGAAAGGAGGAAUGUCAAGUGAAAGGGGAUCUGAAGAGGCAGUUGGCUCCUCAAGAGUCAUCAAGAGUGUUUUCUUUGCCCUCCUCCUGGACUUACUGGGAUUCACCCUGAUCCUACCUCUCCUCCCAUCUAUACUGGACCACUAUGGCCAAACAGAGGACAGUGUCUAUCAGUCACUACAGAGCAUUGUGGACUGGUUCAGGGAAGCUGUCGGAGUUCCAAUGGAAACAAAAUACAACAGUGUCCUCUUUGGAGGUCUGAUUGGAUCACUCUUCUCUCUGCUGCAGUUCCUGUCGUCCCCUUUAACUGGAGCUGCAUCGGAUCAUUACGGCAGAAAACCGCUGCUCAUUCUUACCACAUUGGGAAUGAUGUCUUCCUAUGCAGUCUGGGCAGUUUCCCGCAGUUUCAGCAUGUUCCUUUUGUCUCGGGUGAUUGGGGGUAUUUGUAAGGGCAAUGUGAGCCUCUGCACUGCCAUGAUUGCUGAUCUUCCUUGCCCCAAGGCACGAAACAAGGGAAUGAUGAUGGUUGGAAUUGCGUUCUCGUUGGGAUUCACGGUAGGCCCACUGAUGGGGGCCUACUUUGCCAUUAACUCCAGUAAGGAGGAGGUAUUCUACCAUGGUCCAGCUGUACUGGCACUGGUCUUCAGUGCUGCUGAUCUACUCUUCAUCAUUGUUAUGCUGCCAGAGACCCUACCAAAGCAGAACAAGGUUUCCUCAGUGACCUCUGGGAUCCUGGAAUCAGGAGAUCUUCUCAACCCAGUGGCUCUGUUCCAUUUCUCUGCCCUCACAAGGACCGAGGACCCACCCUCUAAAGAGAAAAUGCAGAACCUCAAAGUGUUGGGCUUCGUUUACUUCACAUAUCUCUUCCUCUUCUCUGGUCUUGAGUUUACAUUGAGUUUCCUCACCCAUCAACGGUUCCAGUUUACAAGCAUGCAGCAGGGAAAGAUGUUCUUCUUCAUGGGUAUCACCAUGGCACUGAUUCAAGGAGGAUAUGCCCGUAGGAUCAAACCAGGGCAUCACAUCAGGACUGUUCGUCUGGCAAUCGUAUUACUGAUUCCAGCAUUUGCUCUCAUUGGACUGGCAUGGAAUUUGAAGAUGGUUUACAUAGGUUUGAUUUUAUACUCAUUCGCUGCUGCCAUUGUUGUCCCUUGUUUGACAACACUGGUUUCAGAUCAUGGUUCGGCCAAUCAGAAGGGCACAGUGAUGGGAAUCCUACGUAGUUUAGGAGCCCUGGCUCGAGCACUGGGGCCCAUAGUGGCAUCCUCAGUUUACUGGAUUGCUGGAGCAGAGACCUGCUUCAUCAUCAGCUCAGCUUCUUUCAUCAUACCUUUGGCUUUACUGAGAAGAGUUGGAGGGCUCAAACAGGAGUGAAGAGGGUGCUAAAAAAGCCUUAACACAGGAGCGUCAAAGGGUUCUACCAUGACAGACUGUUUCAGAGAUACGCUAGACAGUUUUGAUAUUGUUUUGUUCUAUUUUUAUUUCAUUCGUUUACAUUUGCUUGGAAUGCAAGCUAUGAGAAAAUAACUACAUAUCAUUGACAAAUGUAUGUAUUUUCUUCUCUCUCACCAAAAAGUAUUGCCAGAAGAUACUGACCCUACCGUUACGCUUGUUUACACUGAGCUGCACUGAGGUCUGAACGCAAUCACUCUUUUCCUCCUCAUACUAGCUAGCAGUAGCCACCGCAGCCAUUAUGGGAAAACUAGCAGUAUUUCAAUAUUCUCGAUGGAGCAGUGUUGAUAUAGGUAAAAUUUGGAGUACAGUCGCAUAUCCCAUCCCUGCAUUGAGGUACGUUUUCCGACCAUAUUUUGCGCCGGCUCCACGGUGUCUAAAUGUAACCAUGAUUGCGUUCCGACCUCUGUGUAGCAAAGUGUAAACAAGCGUAACGGUAGGGUCGGUAUCUUCUGGCAACACAAAGCCUUGCCAUGUAAAAUUGGCUUUGUAUUUUGGUUUCUGAUGUUAUACCGUGGAAGUAUGUCAUAUCCAGAUUUAAAAAAUAAAGAAUAUUCUCUCAAUGUGACAAAGUAUCUUGUAGACAAUGAAAUCCAAAAUACAUUCAAUAACGACAUUUAGGACUAGAUCAUACUAUCAGGCUCCACCUUUUAAUGUAUCUGACUUAUUUUGCAUAUGCUAAUAUUUCUGUAAUAGAACUCUAUAUAAUCAGACAAUAUUUUUUAUAUAAUACUAUGCUUAAUAUUGUUGAGUAACACUGUAUGGGAGUAUAUUUGAGGUACUAUUUGUUUGUUACUUAAGAAAAGUAAAUCAAUGAUCUGUUUAAAUAAUGUUAUGAUUUAACUGUAUUUUUAAAUCCAUUGAAUAUAGUAUCAGUAUUGAGAUUAUUCAAAAUAUAUUGUAUAUCUAUUUCCUACUAUUUAGAUAUAUAAAUAAAAAAGCUCUGAGUGUGUGUGGUAUUGCCUUUCCCUUUAUGCAAUAUACUCUAUUUACCCACACCAUGACCAUGCACCAUCCUCGUUCCCACUACUAAAAAAUCCAUGAAACAAAAAUGUUUGCUCGUAAUUGAAGGUUAGGUUUUAAAUCACAUUUUUAGAAGAGCAAUUGUAGAAAUAGGCAGGGUUAAUGACUUUGUGGCUGUAGUAACUAAUGAUGACUGUGCAGGUGAGGGUGCUGCUGUACCUGUUGGGCAGGCAUAUAAUGUAAACAUUGCAUACAGUGAGGGAAAAA